GGCGGAGCAGGCGGCAUUUGCGGCCGGCGCCGGGGUGGAGAGUUGCGCGCCGGUCCCUGGGCCUGAGCUCGGGCUCCGGCUCCGGCGCCUGCGAUGUCUCAAGAUGGCGGAGCUGGGCGAAUUAAAGCACAUGGUGAUGAGCUUCCGGGUGUCUGAGCUUCAGGUGCUGCUCGGCUUUGCUGGCCGGAACAAGAGUGGACGGAAGCACGAGCUCCUGGCCAAGGCCCUGCACCUCCUCAAGUCCAGCUGUGCCCCCAGUGUCCAGAUGAAGAUCAAAGAACUAUAUCGCCGCCGCUUUCCCCGGAAGACCCUGGGGCCCUCUGAUCUCUCCCUGCUCUCUCUGCCCCGCACCCCUCCUGUCGGCUCCCCUGGUCCACUAGCUCCCAUUCCCCCGGCCCUCUUGGCCCCUGGCCCCCUGCUGGGCCCCAAGCGUGAAGUGGACAUUCACCCCCCUCUGCCCCAGCCCGUGCACCCUGACGUCACCAUGAAACCAUUGCCCUUCUAUGAAGUCUAUGGGGAGCUCAUCCGGCCCACCACCCUCGCGUCCACUUCCAGCCAGCGGUUUGAAGAGGCACACUUUACCUUUGCCCUUACACCCCAACAAGUGCAGCAGAUUCUCACCUCCAGAGAGGUUCUGCCAGGAGCCAAAUGUGACUAUACUAUACAGGUGCAGCUAAGGUUCUGUCUCUGUGAGACCAGCUGCCCCCAGGAAGAUUACUUCCCCCCCAACCUCUUUGUCAAGGUCAAUGGGAAACUGUGCCCCCUGCCGGGUUAUCUUCCCCCUACCAAGAAUGGGGCUGAGCCCAAGAGGCCCAGCCGCCCCAUCAACAUCACACCCCUGGCUCGACUCUCGGCCACUGUUCCCAACACCAUCGUGGUCAACUGGUCAUCUGAGUUUGGACGGAACUACUCCUUGUCUGUGUACCUGGUGAGGCAGUUGACUGCAGGGACCCUCCUACAAAAACUCAGAGCAAAGGGUAUCCGGAACCCAGACCACUCUCGGGCACUGAUCAAGGAGAAAUUGACCGCUGACCCGGACAGUGAGGUGGCCACUACAAGUCUCCGGGUGUCACUCAUGUGCCCGCUAGGGAAGAUGCGCCUGACAGUCCCUUGUCGCGCCCUCACCUGCGCCCACCUGCAGAGCUUCGAUGCUGCCCUUUAUCUACAGAUGAAUGAGAAGAAGCCAACGUGGACAUGUCCUGUGUGCGACAAGAAGGCUCCUUAUGAAUCUCUUAUCAUUGAUGGCUUAUUCAUGGAGAUACUUAAUUCCUGUUCGGAUUGUGAUGAGAUACAGUUCAUGGAAGAUGGAUCCUGGUGCCCAAUGAAACCCAAGAAGGAGGCAUCUGAGGUUUGCCCCCCGCCAGGGUAUGGGCUGGAUGGCCUCCAGUACAGCCCAGUCCAAGAGGGCAAUCCAUCAGAGAGUAAGAAGAAGGUUGAAGUUAUCGACUUGACAAUAGAGAGCUCAUCAGAUGAGGAGGACCUGCCCCCGACCAAAAAGCACUGUCCUGUCACCUCGGCUGCCAUUCCGGCUCUACCUGGAAGCAAAGGAGUCCUGACAUCUGGUCACCAGCCAUCUUCGGUGCUACGGAGCCCUGCCGUGGGUACACUGGGCGGGGACUUCCUGUCCAGUCUCCCACUACAUGAGUACCCACCUGCCUUCCCACUGGGGGCGGAUAUCCAAGGUUUAGAUUUAUUUUCUUUCCUUCAGACUGAGAGUCAGCACUAUGGUCCCUCCGUCAUCACCUCGCUAGACGAACAGGAUGCCCUUGGCCACUUCUUCCAGUACCGAGGGACCCCUUCCCACUUCCUGGGCCCACUCGCCCCCACACUGGGGAGCUCUCACCGCAGCACCACUCCAGCACCCCCUCCUGGCCGCGUCAGUAGCAUUGUGGCCCCUGGGGGGGCCUUGAGGGAGGGGCAUGCGGGACCCCUGUCCUCGGGUCCCUCUUUGACUGGAUGCCGGUCAGACAUCAUUUCCCUGGACUGAGUCCCUUGGAUUAUGGAAACUUCACUGAGCAAGUGUGCUGUGGGGUCCAGACCCCUGGCCACUCCAACCCCUCAGGGGGCUUUGGCCAAAGGCCAGAAAGACCUUCAUGGAUGCCUGUUUUUGGCCUUAUCUCUGCCUGACAAGUCCAGCACCCAAAGGGUUAAUAUUUAACCUCUUUUUAAGGACAUUUGGGUUCUAUUUUUGGAAAUGUUCUUUAGAUGGUUGGCACAUUCCUUUGGGUAUGUUCACCUAGGCAGCAGGAGGCACGUGUGUGAUGGGGUGUGAGUUGGGGGAAGGGCUGAAUCCACUGGGGGUGGGGUGGAGGGCAGGGGCCUUUCUCUUGUCCUCUAGAGCCCUCUCUUCCCCAAACCUAUGGUUCUGUUCCUUCCCCACAUCCAUGGUCUCUUCAUGUCCAUUCCAUUCUCUUCGGCCAGACAGACAAGUGGAGAAGCUAAGACAGGCCGACACAUGGACAGAGAACUCUAUUUUGGGUUGCAGAUUUUUUUGUACAUAAACAAGAAAAACCAAAAUACUCCAAAGAUGACUUCCCCUGCUUCCUACUUCCCAGUGUGACUGCGGAGGAGAUAAGGCCUUAGCUCUGAUCCCCAGGGGUUUGGGAGCAGGGCCUGGCCUAUUGCCUGGGUCUCUCUCUAUUUAUAUAUUUAAGUGCACAGUGUUUCCUAUGCUGACCAGCUUGGGCCAUGAGCUUCUAAAGGCCCGUGGCCCCAUGGUUAGGUCUGGCUCAUUCUGCACCUUUUCUGGGAGGUGGGAGGACUUCAUGCUCUCCCCAUUCUCCUUUUUCAGGCUCCUCUGGGGCUUAAGACCUACGUUGUAAUUUUACUUUUUAUUCCCAAAGUUGUAGCAAAGUUCUUAUCCGCAAUAAAGGUUGUGAAUGUUC